AUGCCUCGCCUUGCCAUAUCUAUCAUCGCGCCCAACCAUGAAGCCGACCAACAGCUCAUUUCUCUCGACCUCCCAACUGGUCUCUCCAUAGCAGACCUGAAGGGUCUCGUCAACGCAGACACCAACAUCCCCGUAGCCUCCCAGCAAUUCUUCCACAACAACCAAGUCCUCCAAGACGACAACAAGACAUUAGAAGAGGUUGGCAUCAAGGAUGGAGACAUGAUUGCUAUGCUGAUGCGCCAACCCCAACAACAGAACAACAUGGGCUCCCAACCACGAAGACAGCAGCAGCAGCAGCAGGGCCAGCAGAGGAGAGGUGGGGCAGGUGGUCCACAAGAUAUUGAGAACACACGUCAGAACAUACUUGCAAACCCAGGCGCGAUGCAAAAGAUAAGAGACGAACGCCCCGCGCUGGCAGACGCAAUCCACGAUCCGGACAGGUUCCGUGAGGUAUGGCAGCAGAUGAUGCAGGACGAUGAGGAUCGCGAGCGCGAUCGACAAGAGCAGAUGCGGUUGCUGAAUGAAGAUCCGUUCAACAUUGAGGCGCAGCAGAAGAUUGAAGAGAUGAUACGGGAGGAGUCUGUGCAAGAGAAUCUGCAGUUUGCCUACGAGCACAAUCCUGAAGUGUUUGGAAGAGUGACAAUGCUUUACAUCCCCGUCGAAGUCAACAAGCGCCCGGUCAAGGCUUUCGUCGACUCUGGAGCGCAGACCACCAUCAUGUCGCCUUCGUGUGCAGAGGCUUGCGGUAUCAUGAGGCUGAUCGACAAGCGCUACGCUGGCAUUGCCAGAGGUGUCGGUACCGCUAAGAUCUUGGGUCGCGUUCACUCAUCGCAGAUCAAGAUUGGCAAUGCAACCAUGCCAUGCUCCUUCACUGUCAUGGAGGGCAAGGACGUCGACCUUCUCCUCGGCCUGGACAUGCUGAAGCGUUUCCAAGCGAACAUUGACCUGCGGCAGAACAAGCUCAUCUUCGGCGACAACAACGAGGUGAGCUUCCUUGGCGAGGCUGACAUUCCGCAACAAUUCGAGGAAGCUCAGCAGAACGAGCCCACCAUUGCAGGUCCCAACGGGACGACGAUUGGAGCGAAGACCGGGACAGUGCAGCCAGCAGCAGCAUCAUCUUCCUCCAACACCAAUGGCGGACACUUUCAAGGACAAGGCCAGUCGCUGGGUUCGGCAUCCAACAGCAAAGCGCCAGCGGUCAGCACACCCUCUGCCUCUGGUGGCGCAUCUGGUGGCGCACCCGCUGAAAACUCGAGAGAGCACAACGAGAAGAUCAUCCAGCUGCAGGGCCUAGGCUUCUCGCGCCAACAAGCCAUCUCAGCACUCGACGCGUGCGACGGCAACGUUGACCUGGCAGCAAGCAUGCUAUUCAACUAG